GUGAGGGACUGGCCUGCCAAGGUGGUUCAGAGGCGCCUGGCUCCAUCCCGCCCCGCAGCCAUUCUGGUUGUCUAGGACGGCCCAGGAACAUUCUCUUCCCAGCCACGCGCUGUCGGCCUCCUGGACUACAACAUCCAGCAGGCCCCGCGGCCCCGCGUCUGACUUGCGCAGUAGCCUCGGUUGUAAAAUGCUAUGACAACAGGGCUCAGGCGGCUGGGAUUUAGGUUGGAUUGGGGAGGUGUCUUCCGCAGGCUGUUGGCUUGCAGCCUCACCCCUCGUGCAGCGUCCUCGGUGGUUUCAUCCUCUGUGUGAGCUUCUGGACUUGCAGUUGUUCUCUCUUGCCUUGUGGCUUUCGAGGGAUCCAUGUCGUUUCCCCUGCUUGCCUCAGGGGGAUGAGAAGGGGUGCAGGAGAGCUUGGAGGGACUCUCUCCAACUCCGGAGCUGGUGUUGCUGCCUGGCGGGAUUCUGUCUACCCGGGGACGUGAAAAACUUUGAACACAAGACCAAGAGGUACUAGUGGAGUUAAGGGUUGCUUUCCCCUGCACGGCGGUUACUUCUGCUCCAUCACCGGAUCCUCCUCAGGAGUUCUGAAAGGGAAGUCUGUGGAUAGCGGGUCCGUAGAUAGGCUAGGCAAAGUCCACUUGUUGGCAUCAGGGUGAAAGAACAUGUCCUUAUUUAAAGCCCGUGAUUGGUGGUCUACUGUGCUGGGAGAGAAGGAAGAGUUUGACCAGGGCUGUUUGUGUUUGGCUGACGUCGACAACAGUGGAAAUGGACAAGAUAAAAUCAUCGUGGGCAGCUUCAUGGGCUACCUGAGAAUCUUUAAUCCCCAUGCCGUAAAAACCGGAGAUGGGCCUCAGGCUGAAGAUUUACUUCUAGAAGUGCAGCUGCGGGACCCGGUGCUGCAAGUGGAAGUCGGCAAGUUUGUCUCAGGCACUGAAAUGCUUCAUUUGGCUGUGCUGCAUUCUAGAAAGCUCUGUGUCUACUCUGUCUCAGGAACAUUGGGUAAUGUAGAACAUGGGAACCAAUAUCAGAUAAAAUUAAUGUAUGAGCACCAUCUUCAGAGGACAGCCUGCAAUAUGACUUAUGGACCCUUUGGUGGUAUAAAAGGUCGAGAUUUAAUUUGUAUCCAGUCUAUGGAUGGGAUGCUGAUGGUGUUCGAGCAGGAAAGCUAUGCUUUUGGCAGGUUUCUCCCGGGUUCUCUUCUGCCUGGCCCUCUUGCUUACAGUCCCCGAACAGAUUCCUUCAUCACUGUCUCCUCUUGCAGACAAGUGGAAAGUUACAAGUACCAAGUUCUUGCCUUUGCAACGGAUGCAGAUAAAAAGCAGGAGACGGAACAGCAAAAACUUGGUUCCGGAAAAAGACUAGUUGUGGACUGGACUCUGAAUAUUGGAGAGCAAGCUCUUGAUAUUUGUAUCAUCCCUUUUAACCAGUCUGCAUCUUCUGUUUUUGUUCUUGGUGAGAGAAACUUUUUUUGCCUGAAGGACAAUGGGCAGAUUCGAUUCAUGAAGAAACUGGAUUGUAGCCCCAGCUGUUUUCUCCCGUACUGCUCUGUUUCUGAAGGCACGAUAAAUACUCUGAUUGGAAACCAUAAUCACAUGCUGCAUGUUUACCAGGAUGUGACACUGAAGUGGGCCACACAGCUCCCCCAUGUUCCUGUAGCCGUCAGGGUGGGCAGUUUGCACUUCCCAGAUUACAGUCAAGCGCUGCCAUGCCCAGGAUGCCUUUGUUUCAGUGAUUUGAAGGGUGUGAUAGUGACUCUCAGUGAUGAUGGUCACCUGCAGUGUUCAUAUCUUGGGACAGACCCUUCUCUGUUCCAAGCUCCAAAAGUUGAAUCAAGAGAGCUCAACUAUGAUGAACUUGAUGUAGAGUUGAAAGAACUGCAGAGAAUCAUCAAAGAUGUAAAAUCUCAAGGUGUUUGGCCCAUGACCGAAAGAGAAGAAGACUUGAAAGUCUUUGCUGUAGUCUCCUCUAGCCUUGAUUCUGUGUCUCAAGCCACUAACAUUGAGGUUGGAACCGACUCUGUUCCGUCCAUCACAGUGAAGAUUACCCUGCAGAAUCGAGUGGUGUUGCAAAAAGUCAAAUUGUCAGUCUAUGUGCAGCCUCCAUUAGUACUUACUUGUGAUCAGUUCACCUUUGACUUUGCAGUACCAGAUAUGACCAGCGUAGCAGCAUUUUCUGUUUACCUGAAGAAAAAUUACAUACCAUCUGAAUUAGAAGGAAAUGCAGUUGUUUCUUAUUCCAGACCAACAGAUCGAAAUCCUGAUGGAAUUCCUCGGGUUAUCCAAUGUAAAUUUAGACUUCCUCUGAAACUAAUUUGCCUACCAGGUCAGCCUUCAAAAACUGCAAGCCAGAAACUCACUAUCGACACCAACAAAUCUCCUGUCAGCCUGCCCAUCCUCUUCCCAGACUUUGCCAGUCAUUCAGAUGAUGAUCAGAUAAAUGUAAUGGGUUUCCGUCUCCUAGGCGGCUCUCGAGUUACUCUUCUUGCUUCCAGAACUUCUCAACGAUACCGAAUUCAGAGUGAACAAUUUGAAGAUCUGUGGCUCAUAACAAAUGAACUUAUCCUCCGCCUUCUGGAAUAUUUUGAAAAACAGGGAAUCAAAGAUUUUGCAUGUUCUUUUUCUGGAUGUAUUCCCCUUCAAGAAUAUUUUGAGUUGAUUGAUCAUCAUUUUGAGCUGCGGAUAAAUGGUGAAAAAUUAGAAGAACUUUUAUCUGAAAGAGCUGUGCAAUUUCGGGCCAUCCAGCGCCGGCUUCUAACAAGAUUCAGAGAUAAGACACCUGCCCCACUCCAACACCUGGACACCCUGCUAGAUGGAACGUACAAGCAGGUGAUUGCUCUAGCAGAUGCAGUGGAGGAGAACCAAGACAGGCUGUUGCAGUCCUCUGCUGGCCUGAGGAGUGCCACCCAUUUGCUGAUCCUGCUCGUCAGGCUGUGGCAGAAGCUGAGUGCUGACCAGACUGCUAUUCUAGAAGCAGCGUUUCUGCCUCUACAGGAAGACACACAGGAACUGGGCUGGGAAGAAACAGUGGAUGCUGCCAUUGCCCACCUAUUGAAAACCUGCCUGUCGAAGAGUUCCAAGGAGCAAGCUUUGAGCCUCAGCAGCCAACUGACCAUACCCAAAGACACCAGCCGGCUGAAGAAGCACAUCACUUUGCUCUGUGAUAGAUUAGCUAAAGGUGGGCGUCUCUGCCUGAGCACUGAUGCUGCAGCCCCACAGGCCCUGGUCAUGCCAG